UGAUCGAACCUAUCCCAAUCGAAUCGGCUCUGUUUUUUAGCUCCGCUUAGUUGUAUAGCUUUAACUAGGUGUACGUUAUAUCAAUAUUUAAUAAUGGGUAUCAAAGGUUGCGAAGUGCAGUUGGACAAUCCAUGGAAUACUUACUAUGCUGGGCAAACAGUCAACGGUCAGGUGAAAAUCACCUUCGAUUCGCCUAAAAAAGUGCGAGGCAUUAUCAUACGAUUCUUGGGCGAAGCCAAUACGGAAUGGACAGAGGAGCGUAACGUAACGACAAGCGAGGGCAAGACUGAGAACGAGAUCACGAGCCUUAAGGGCCAUGAGGAGUACUUUAAGAUACAAUACUACUUGCUCGGCGGCAAAAACAGCUCCGAAAUUGAGCUACCGGCUGGCACACAUACGUAUCCGUUUACGUGCGCCUUGCCUGCAAAUUUGCCAUCUUCGUUUGAGGGUGAAUUUGGGCAUGUACGAUAUACUAUUAAGGUCACUUUGGAUAGGCCAUGGAAGUUUGACCAAGAUAUGAAAAUGGCCUUCACUGUCAUAGCGCCAGUUGACUUGAAUCUCAAUCCGCGUGUUAAGGAACAGUUUAAGCUGGAGCUAGAGAAAUCAUUCUGUUGCUUUUGCUGCCGCUCGGGCCCGCUGGCUGUGAUCACAAGCAUACCACAAACUGGUUAUGUAUCGGGUCAAAUAUUGCCCAUUACCUGCGAGGUGGACAAUACCAGCAAUGUGAAUCUCACGGCUGUUAAAUUUGAGUUGCGCAAACUGGUCACGUUCCAUACGAAUCAGCCGCGCAGCGAGAAACGUGAGUCCAAGGUGGUAAUUGCCCAACUGAGCGUUGGGCCCGUCAAUGCCGGAGAAUCUCAUACGUUUUCACAGCAAAUGGAAAUACCUGCACUGCCGCCAACUAAUUUACUCAAUUGCGGCAUCAUUGCGCUCGACUAUGAUUUGCAUGUUGAGUGUGAUGUGAGUGGACCGCAUCGUAAUUUCACUGGCAAAAUACCAAUCACAUUGGGCACUAUUCCACUGGCUUCCAAUAAGCCACAAGCUGAGGAUCCGUCUCUGGCACCCACACAGCCGGUAAGUCCAGUGAGUCCACCCGGCGAUGGUGUUGGCGGUGCUCUCGGCUGGAAUGUAGCAGAUAGUGCAGGCGGUGCACUCUACCCCAACAUACCGCCACCACAGUUCGUAGAAACGGAAUACCGAGCACCAAAGAUAAUCGGAAGGGAUGAUUCGGAGCACACACAAAUCAUUGGAGACAACACAUUUGCUCCGCGGUAUCCAACAUUUCAAUUUAAGAACGCAACAGCACCAGCAAUAAGCCCCUAAGUCUUAUCAGGAAUUUACUCUAAUUCAAUGUGUUAAUCUGUCUUCGAUAUUCUGUAUAUUUUUUUUACGUUUUUUCUUUUUUUUUGCAUUUAAAUGUAAGCUUUCCGUCCGAAAAGAAAGCAUGGAAUAUUCGGAAUUUCGAAAUCUCAAUUAUAUCGCUCAAAUUUAUACUGUAUAUUUGUAUUUAUAUGAGCGAAAUUCUAAUCUUGCAAAUGCUCGUGAUAAGCAAAAUUAUAUUCAAUAUACAUAUGUCAAAAAUACACAACUAUAAUUUUUGUAACCAAUAAAGUUGGAUAAAGCUA